GUCAUAUAGUUAGGUUAUAUCUUAGUAAACAAAUACAAAAGGAAAAGGUAACUAUUAUCUUAAUCCACCCUUCAAAUAUGGAAAAAGACGAUGAGUUUUUGCACAUUUAUUGGACCCACGUUUCGCAGUUAUGUUACGAAAAGGCCAAGGAGCAUGUGGAGAAAGAAAAGGAACCAAAAACCUCACCAAUUCUGUGGAUGGCAUUUCUCAAUUUUCUCCAACAGUUAGCUUUAGCUGAAAAGAACUAUAUGGACAUAGGAUUUCUACAGAACAAACAUAAGAGCUUCCUUAGAAAGGAUGUAUGUCGCUACAUAUGACCACUGUUUGUAAAUACUAUCAUCUCUCAUUUUUUAAGAAUUCAUUACGUACAAUUUACGAGGCCCUGAAAAACGAUUUUAAGAAGGUAGAAGAUAAUUGUAGAGGAUCGGCCUUUGACAGAAGAAUUCACAAGUGGUGUAAAAACAUUAUUCAGUACAUUACUGCCAGGGUAGAUUUGAUAGACUUAUAUGAAAAAAUCUACAACUUGAGUAUUAACAAACAACUGCAUUUUGAUGACAUACAUAAUAGCAUAGAUACAGUUAUAGAUAAACAUAAGGAUGAUUUUACUGACAUAAGUCUCACACCUGCUAGAGCCGUAUUUAGCUUAGAAUGUGAGAUUCUACAGGAGCUUUUUACAACAUUGAUUGAUCUACAAAGACUGCAGUUCCUUCCGUCAUUGGCCCUUAUUCAUGGUGCUCACACUAGACUGGCAGCUUGGGAGGGCAAGAUGCAGAGCCGAGAGAGCUGGAAGCUUGGUCUGGUUUUCAAGAACAGUCCACUGCCGGCCCUGUUUCAAUGGUUACAAAAACUGAAAGGAACUGUAUUAAGCAAAUUCAGUUUGUACUUUCACGACACGCUGGCACAGCAGACUACACCAAGUGAUAUGAGGCAUUUGUGUUCAAAAUUGCAUUAUGAUCAUUAUCAGAAGAUGGUGACCUUUCAAAGGAAAUAUGAUGCUUCCUACGUCAUCAUUCUGUCAGACAAUCAAGUCAGCUAUGAUACUAGAGACUAUGAUAGUUUCCCAAUUAUAGUAUCGUACCCACCUACCUGUUUUUAUAUUUUUAGCGUAGUCCCAACCAGUUGGAAAUUAUACUUAAGAUGAUCUCAGAUAUAACACAUGAUUUGAGCGUUGACAAAAUCAUAUACAAGUUCAGUACGCAGGAGCAGUGUACGUACGUUCUGUCUACCAUAGAACAGAACAUUUAUUUGGUGAUAUUAUUUGAAAAUAAAAAGUCUGAAAAGGAUUCUUUCAUAAACCACUUUGUCAUGGAGCUGUGCCAGAACUUGCGGUGUGAGAAAGUAUUCGCUAGUCUUAAGAACCAAGCUAAAUGAAACCUGCUAUCUACCUCAUAUAAUAUGUUAAAUAUAAUUCGUGUCCAUAUAAGUUUUAUACUUUGCUCCACUAUUAAGACUGAAUUAAAAUAUUAACGUUUGAA